AUGAGAGGGCAUGAGCCACGAUCAAGCUCAUCUUGUGCAGCCUGCAAGCUCUUGAAGAGACGAUGCACACCCACUUGCAUUUUCGCUCCUUAUUUCCGCUCAAGUGACCCGAUAACCUUCGCCAAAGUACAUAAAGUCUUUGGCGCCAGCAACGUCAGUAAGCUUCUCACUGAGGUUCCUGAAGAACAGAGACAAGAAACUGUUAACUCGUUGGCUUAUGAAGCCGAGGUUCGUCUCAAGGACCCUGUUUACGGUUGCAUUGGAGCCAUAGCUUCUCUGCAGAAGAAGAUGCUCGAGCUUCAACAUGAUCUAACCGUUGCUCGCACUCGACUACAUGCCCAUUCUGGAGUCAACAACCAUGUGGAUGAAUCUUCUGAGCUCGCUGCUUUUCUCGAUCUUGUACCUUAUAGUGACUUGAUGUUGCUUGAUGGAUCUAGUCUUGAUGCCUACUUGUAUGAUCUUGGACAGCCACCUUUUGUAUAG